GAUGUGUUAGCUUUUGAUGACACCUCAUCCCCCUUUAGGCACCACCUCGGUAAACAUCUUGAAUGCUUCUUGGCGGGCUCCACCUCCACCUUCACCUGCACGACCCCAACACCUCCCAAAAUUUCAAACUAUUGCAUAAUCAAACACGAAAAGAAGCCGUCUGCCCUUUACCGGGUUCGAUUUUUCGGCUUUUGGCGUUGCCCAAAAGCAAGCAAUUAGCAGACCGAAAGAACUCGGGCCAAUCAUAGAAUCUUCUCCCUUUGCAGACACGGGAUGCUUCUCUAGCAUCUCAUGGCUUUGAGUUUGAGCAGUGGUAGAAGGAGAUGGGCGUGCCGAGCAGCGCGCAGAGGAGGGAAGGGAUGGGCAGGCUGCCGUCAUUUCCACGUCCACUACCACGUCCCGCGCCAGGUCUGGGCAUUCUCGCCUCUCAAGUUGACGGCUCGCUUCUCGCUGUUGCCUUAUCUGCUGAUCCUUCCGGUGCUGUUCUUCGCCGUGCUUGCCUUUCUUGUGUGUUUCGGCUGGUUCACCCUGGUCUAUUUUGUGUCAUCUCUAUGGAGCAAAGAAAAUGACCAUGAGGUAUGCGUGAGCCGUAGCACGGACUGCGGCAACGAUGGCGGUGAACCUCGCGGGGAAGACGAGCGGGAGGAGAGAGCAAUGAAGCGCGCUACAGAGCAAGCUGGUGAUUCUAGCCCUUCAGAAGUUUGUGUUGAAACUCGGGAGAUAAAAGAGGUGUUUGAAGAUGGAUUCUCUGAAGAAUCUCGGCACAUGUCAAUGAUGGCUUCACCCGGAAUCUGUAUCGGCGACAAAGAGCAAGCUGAUGAGGAGAAAAUUGUAACAGAAGUGAUGAUGUUUGAGACAAACAAGAAGGAGCAAAACCCUUUUGCUGAAUUGGAUGGUUGUUCAGAUAAGCAUCAGCAGGUAAUGGAACCUCCAUUUGAUUGUUUUCUCGAAGAUCAUAAUACCAGAGAGUUCAGCACCUCACUUUAUGCUGUAAAAUUACUCGAUGUGCCGUAUGGUGACGAAUUUGUUGCAAACAGAAUGGAACUGACAGUUUUAAGUUCAUUGGAAAUUUUGGAAUUUAUUGACAAGCAUGAUGCUGCACAAAAAGUAGUAGAAGUUAACGGAGCUGACAGUGAUUUUGAGAUUCCAGAGGCAUCGUCUUCAGAUGAUUCAUCCCACCAUGGUCUUGGAGAUGAACAGAGGAAGGAUAUCAAACAAGAACAGAGCACAACAGAACUAUCAGUUAAUUGCGUUGAUAACAGGCUACCUGAUGGCAUCCUUGACGAAUGGCAAGAAACAGAAAAUCUAGCCAUUCACCGCAACAAGAAGCUAACUGAAGAUGACUCCAUGGAAGAAGACAGAAAGCAGAUUGUUAGUAUUUCAGGUGAAGCUCAAGAUUCUCUAUGUGAAAUGGCUGGUUUGCCACUAGAUUCUGUCUGUGAAAACGAAUCUGAAAAUGUAGCAGCUUCGAACACUCCAUUCCAUCAAGCUAUUCAUGACCAAGAUGGUGAAUUUAAACAAGAGCUUAUUAAGAACAAAAUAGUAGAAUCAUCAACUUCUGCAUCUGCCGUUUGUGAUUUUGCCGAUAACCAUUGGAGCAUAAUAGAACAACAUGAUGGUUUUGAAAGUGAAGAUUGUGAAGUUGAGAAUGAAGACCGAGAUGGUAAUUGUACAUUCACGGGAGCUUCAUGUAGAUUGCCGCUCAUUAGGAGGUCCCCAACACAGUGGUGGAAUUUAUGCGGAGUCCUUGAUGCGUUUGCUGGAGGUGAAGACUAAAUUGAGAGGUCGUCAGGGAAACAUUAGGUCUACUAAAACUUCAGAUGUUUAAAGCUCAUCCCGUUCUGCUAUCGACAAUACUUCUCAAGGCUUGAGUUUUCUUUUCCUUCACCUGCCUUUGCUCUUGGCGUGCCGUGCUCUGGCUUUGACCAUUUUUUUUCCAUUCACUCGAAUUUUGGGAGCUUUGGGCUUUUGCCUAGCUACUGGAUAUGGCUCAAAAACAGAAGGAUUGGAUUUUGUUUUUGUGUUUGUGGGCUGAGAUAUUGGAUUUUUUAGGACUAAAGGAUUGCAUUGACUGUUUAUGGUGAGUCCACAGUUUUAUAAUUUUUUUUACUGAUUGCAUUUUUUUUUUGCCGAAAGUGGCUAUUGUAAUUUUUCCUUCUUCCUUGAAAAUGAUGAAAGCUAGGCUGAUUGUAAUUAGUACGAACUGGAAGUACAUCUUGUAAACAUGUUUUUUGUUUUGGUCUGUCUAUUACUCUCGUCUUUGUGAAAACAUCCUGCAUGAGAACUGCAGUCUCCUGAUAAGAAAAGAGUUACACCCCA